UCCCCAUUAACAGAUUGUGUCACAUGUGCCCACAGCGCCUUAUACAGGUCACUGUACCCUCCAGCCACCAGUUCUAUUUGGCUCCAGGUGCCUCCCCUUCUCAGCAUGCUGCUGCCCUGGGCCCUCGCCGUCCUGAGCCUCCUUCCUCUGCUGGACGCACAGAGCCUGGACUGUGACAAAUUCAGGGCUGCACCUCUCACUGAUGCCACCCUGGACCGUAUCUCUGGCAAGUGGUUCUAUAUCGCAUCAGCCUCCCGCGACCCUGAGUACCAUGAGACAGCUAAGAAGCUCCAGGCGGCCUACUUCCACUUAACCCCCAACAAGAGGGAGGACACAAUACAGCUCAGGGAGUACUCGACCAUCCCUAGUGACAACCAGUGCUACUAUGACUUCAGCAUCUUGAACGUCCAGCGGGACAAAGGGACCUUAUCCAAACAAGUGCUGGGCAAAGAAUAUGUUGGCAACGUGUUGCUCACCAAGGACCCCAAGACCUUCAUGAUUCUCUACUUCCCGGAUGAUAAGGAGAACCUGGGGCUGUCCUUGUACGCGGACACACUGGAUGUGACUCAGGAGCAAAUGAGUGAGUUCCAUGAAGCCAUCGGGUGCAUUGGCAUUGAGAAGUCGAAAAUUGUCUACAUUGAUCAGAAAAAGGAUCAGUGUGGGCCGCUGGAGAAGCAGCAUGAGGAAGAAAGGAAGAAGAAACAGGAGGAGGCCUAGGAGGAUGCAGUCCUGGGUUCGGGCCUCGGGGACUUGGGGGCGUCUCCAGCCCCCACCCACCCUUUGUACCUCCGUUCCUUCCCUCUCUUGCAACAAUAAAGCUUCUGCCUUUGGGACAGGCAGUUGUCAUUCACUCA